UGGGGUCUUCAGCAGUGUAGUAGGUUUCGGUGCCAUAGCCGCCAUGAUUCAGUCACAGCACUUGGAUCAUUAGAGAGCUUUGCUCUGACACAACAGACGGGCAGCAGAGAGUUGUGGAUGGACAGAUUCUCAGAGAGCUGUGGAGACAAGUGAGAGAGGGAGCGAGAAAGAGAGACUAGCUCAACAGACUGGAAGGGGAACAAGGUUGGCUCCUGUCUGUUUCUUUCUCUUAAUCCUUAAAUCUUCUAUAAUCAGGAUGAGAGGAGGAGAGCAUGUUGCCUGACUUAGGACAGCAGCGUCUAUGUUGGGACCUGGAUGGAUUGCCAGCUCAUGAGGCAACCUAACUGGCCAGUAGGAGAGAUGGAGGGAGGGGGGAGGCAUUCAGCUGGAGUCAGUUGGGAAAACUUAAACUUAACCAGUUUCUAUCAAGAGCCAACAGGAAGAGUGGAGGUCCAAUAUAUGAGGAUGGUUUAACCACCAAGAGCAAGACAGAGAGAAAAGACAAGAGGACUGAGCCCUGCCUGGAUUGUUGUAGGAUGUGGGUGGUGUGCAGCAGAUCUGACACCCGGGUGUGAUCCCAGGCUGAAGGGGGUCCAAUGGCCACUGCAAAUUAUGACCCCCACCUGGGUGAAGGCCCAUCUGAGGACUCAGAGUUCUUCCUGGAUGAUGACUCUGACUCAGAGAGCCUGCUCUCUGAUGACUCAGUGCUUCCCGACUAUGAAAAGGAAGAAAAUCAUAAAGAGCCGGCCAAAACGUUGUUUGAGGCCUGUGUUAGGAAUGACCCCGUAUCCCUGCGCAGGAUCCUGGAGAGAGGAGUCACCAAAGAAGAAGCCAUGGAGCUGGACAUCAAUGGCAAGAAUGGACUGAUGCUGGCUGUGAGCAAGGGAUUCAUAGACAUCGUCACCAUCCUACACACAUGUCCAUACAUAGACAUCAACCACCAAGACAAUGAUGGCAAUACUGCCCUCAUGAUUGCUGCUCAGGCAGGCUACAUCACCACUCUAAACUAUAUCAUUAACUACUAUUCUGGUGUGGACACUGAGGUCAGGGAUCCCCGUGGCUUCACAGCCCUCAUCAAGGCAGGCCUGCAGGGCAAAGAAGAGUGUGUGUCUGCCCUGAUAAUGCAUGGUGCAGAUAUAAAUGCAAUGGACCUGGUCCAAGGAAGAGGUGUAAAGGACUGGAUUCUUAGGACAGGAGGGUUUGAAACCUUUCAAAGAAUACGCCGACUGCAGGCGCAUCCAAUCGCUGAGCAAUUCUGUGAUAGCUACAUUCCAGAGUGGCCUGAGCUAAGGCAACUAGUAGCAAAGGCCACAGCCACCAAAACAGCAGGUCAGAAGCUGAGGCAGCGAUUAAAAGACACCUUUACUUUCAGCUUUCCUCAGGAUCCCCAAGAAAAUGGGGUCAUGGACCAUAUGGUGCGAAUAACCACAAGCAUCCACAGCCCCCUGGUAGCCACUGCUUGCCGUCCACUAUGUCCCAGCAGCCCCCCAGAGAUUGGAAAGCGACGGUUUGCUGUCCCUGAACUACUUGAAAAGCACAGUAGCAAGGAGUUGGAGGAGAGCUCAGUGUCCCACAGUAAUGGCUCUGUCACCUCAGCUACUCCCCCUGUUGUGUCAACCACCUCUGUAUCUCUGAUCUCCUGCUGCCAGAGCUCAGCAGAGUGCAAGCUGCCAAGUGGGAUGAAGAGCAUCAUUCCCCACAGCGUGGCACAUAGGAACAGCAUCUUCCCCUCAGGCUGUAUUCCCAGGAUUGAAGUGACAAGGUCUUUGGAUCCCACUCCAAAGAAAGAGAAAAAGAAGAAAAUGCAGAAGGGCUACCUGGAACCUCCUGUCUGGAAGUACAAAGAAGCCAAGCUGGAGAAAAAGAAAGAGAAGGAGAAGGAGUUGCAGGAAAAGGAAAAAGAUAAACAGAAAAAAUCUAAGGGGCCCAAACGUUCAUCGAGCCAAAAAUGAGGCAUUACUCUCCUUUCCUCAACAAAUUUCACUGUGAUAACGUCAUGCAUGAGGGAUGAGCGUGUGAUUACAGUGACUCCGAGGCCAGUUUUACGUUUUACAUUAGAAAAGGAAUUGUGAAACAAGUUCAAGUUCAGGACAAUUAAAGACCCAAUGAUGUGUUUGAACUUUGGCUUGGGAUGAACAAGGGAAAACUGGAGUAACUUGAAUUUGCUGGAUGUGAUGCAUUUUUGAGCAUCUUUGUAAAGCUGAAUAUUAUAUUGGAAAUGUCUGUUUCAUAUUGCAACUCCUACCUGAUGCAUUGGGAGAUCAAGUCUCAUUGGGAUGCAAAGUUAUACCAAAUUAGAAAUGACAUUAUUUUAUUUUGAAAAAACUGUACAGUUGUGAGGAUUUACUAAUUUGUGUGUUGUGAUCGAUUUCCAAGUAGCGUGGUAGCAUCAUGGGAUGCAACUGCAAGACGACCACAGCAAGUUUUCCACACUGCAAUAGGGAUAAUGGCUGCCCAUUGAGUGAUUGUUACAUAACUUGAAGGCACAAGAAGUACUAUGUGGAUGUUAAAUUUUCCUCUUGCAUCUUGGAAGGUAAACUCACUUCAGGAAAUCAAUGAUACUUUUGAUUUGCUGUGCAGAUCAUCAUCUAAACUGCUAUCUGUUAUCAUUUAGAGUUAAACCAUUUCACCUAUACACAAACCCUUUUGACCCGAGUAUAUAAGCUGGUCUAUUUCAGACCAUAGUUUGAACACAUUUGACUUUUGUCAAAAGCAAUUUUUUUAGUUCAUUUGGUACUCCAAACUGUUUAGCCACAAUGCACAAAUUCAGUUGUUGGCAAAGGUUGAGAAACAGGAAGUGAAUCAUAUCUAUGUAACACACUGUGCAAUUAUUAUCAAAACAUUUUUAUUUUAUUCUUAUUUAAAAGUUGUCCAAUCCUCACAAUUCUCACUGUCUCCAACAUGUGGCAUCUACCUGAUGCCUUCUUUUUUGUGUUUUUGACCCCAGCAGUGAAAAGGGAACUGAGAUAUCUGCAACAUUUUGUCUGAUCAUGAGUAAAACUGCUUCCUGGUUUACACUCCUCAGUCUGACAGUGCUUAAUGUUCGAUGGGCUUUUAUUCACUAGAAUUGCUGCUUGCAAUCAUUUUUAAGAAACCAAUUAUCUAUGCGCAGCAAAGAAAUCUGUACAUUAUGUUACUCAGGAAACCCUUUUGUUUAUAAUAUGUUGGGCAUUAUACAUUGAGCAUCUAUCAAGACAAGAAAUCUCUUUUGAGGUCAAGCUUGGAUUGGAGUCAAAAGCUUCUGUGUAUAGAUCAACUUGGUUAUUUCAGAACUAAUCAUAACUAAUAUCCCAUACAUCUGUAACAGAAAUACAUAUUCUAAUUACAACAAAAUAUAUAUUAAAAUGUGUUAUCUAAAAAAAAUAUUAUUUAGAUGCUGCUCUUACAAAAAAUUAGAGUAUCAUUUCUGGGGAUGUUUAUUUUAAAGUGAAAGCAAGAGACUCAGAAAAGAUUGUUUUUUCUUCUUCUUAAUAAAGUGUGAGACAGAUAAAAAUGUGUCUUUGUAUGUGAGCUGGGAAU